AUGUCUGAACUCCCAGACGCAGAGAUGGUUCCGACAGGUCAAGAGCUGGACUAUCCUCUGGCGCUCGCGCCACGACAAGUCACACUUCGCGACCGGGUGACGGUGGCAACGUUGAUGCCAUUCGCCUCAGGGGACGACGUACCCCGAUCUCUACUCAAGUAUCUCUCCGACCAAUUCAACAAGGAGAUUGAAAAGGGUGACACAUAUGCCAUGUCAGAACCCAUCCCAUUGGCCCAAUUUGCUCGCUAUUGGUUCUCCAAUUUUGGUGUUGUCAUGCUGCUCGGUGAUAUCCAGAGUGUACAACAGACACACGCCAUGGAUAAGGCUGGUGCCAACUGGACAAAGAUCUGCCUAGGUGGCUUUCACAUUCGCCCCAACUAUCCUGGCUGGAGUAGUCAUGUUUGCAAUGGUACAUUCAUUGUGACAGAUGCGGCCAGAAAUAAGGGUGUGGGUAGGUUGAUGGGUGAAGGCUACCUGGAGUGGGCACCUCGACUAGGUUAUACAUAUGCAGUAUUCAACUUGGUAUAUGAGAGCAAUGUUGCCUCGUGUCGUCUUUGGGAUUCUCUUGGUUUUAAGCGGAUCGGCAGAAUUCCAGGUGGAGGAAGGCUCAAGUCUCAACCUGGAGAGUUUGUGGAUGCGAUCAUCUACGGUCGGGGUCUCAGCCUAGAUGGGGAAGAUUCCGUGUCACAAGACCGAUUUGAGAAGAUUCGCUACUACCUGAAGCACUCCAAAUAUCCCCGGGGCGCAGACCGCGCCGAGAAGAGUCGGCUGCGUAGUGCUGCGACCCACUACAAACUGAUCGAGGGCGAGGAAGGAGACCCCGACAAGCUGAUGCUCAAGGAUAAAGAGGUCGUCUCGGAUCCACAGCAACAGUAUGAGAUCGCCAAGGAAGUUCAUCUCAGACAACAUGCUGGCAUCAACAAAACCACCGCUGCCAUUGCAAUCAAAUACCACUGGGUACGGAUCAAAGAAACCGUUAACCGAGUGAUCCGGGACUGUCCCCAAUGCAAAGAAACACUCAAGGGUCCGCCUAUCCCAGGGAGCAAAGAGGAGGAUGAGUCACCUUCUGUUGAUACGUCAGACAUAGUAGAUGAUGGCAUGGACCAGCAAGAUGAACAUAUGGAUGCCUCCCAAGAUAUAGACGAUGCACAUGACGAAUCCCCAACCCACCACCACUUCAUGAACCAGGCAGUACCUGGAAACGUUCCUAACAUUCCUGUCAAUGUACCUGUAACAGGACAUCCCAUGGCGAACUUCACCCCGAUGCCUCUUGAUCCCCAGAUCAUGCAACUGCAGCAACAGCUGCGGCGCUACCAACAACAAAAUGCCAUGGCCAAUGCCUACCCCCCGGGUUCGAAUAUGGGCAUGGCGAAUUUUGACGAUGCGGUGCGAUACCACACUGCCAAUAACGCGUACCAGAUGAUGGUUGAUGACGGCUCCGAUCCAUUUCGACAGGAGGUACUUGGACUUAUGAACCCUCCUUCGCAUGACUUGCAACAUGAUGCCGAGUUACUUUCGAAGUUCGAGUAUGGCAGUCCUUCUGAGGGCAAUUAUGAUUUUACCUGA